UCCCCGCCUCCCGCUGCUUCGCUCUCUGGCGUUCUUCCGCCGACCCAAUGCCUAUGGCUGAGAAAAUUCCAUCGUCGGAAUCGUCUUCUAUCGAUGUCUCUGGGCGCGAGAGUCCUACUGGACAACUCUACUUUGGCCAGUUUUUGGUAGAGAUCGCGUAUCCUCCUCCUGGUCAUUCAAAGCUCGUGUCUGUGCCCUCCUCUGUAGACAGUAUUAACGAUGGCGGUGGCAUUGAAGAGCCAGAGCGUAGGGUUGGCGAAACCCCUAGGCCAGGUGCGAAAACCUUUCAUGGGACCGAUGGCCUUGAGAGAUUCGUUGAAUCUGUUUUGGCGCAACACCUGAGGCAAAGGUUGGCUACCAAUAGCCUGGAAAGUUCUGUUGGGGACCUCGAUGUUGAAAAUGCCCUGGCGAGUUCUCAAUUAUAUUCUGAUCAACUAAGGCAAAUUGCAGAAAACGUGCUCUCCGAUUUACGACUGGCGGAGACAAGUUCCAACUUGAGUUCAGAGGAUUUGAGGGUGUUUUGCGUUCCUCUUUGUUGGAGUUCAAAGAGGAGAGUGGAAUUUUUGUGGAGCUUUAGUGACAUGCUAAAAGCUAUGGGGCCCAAUCCACCAAAUGCACAGAAAGUUUUUAUUUUGGAGUUGGAGAGCCAGGGGCUACUGCUUUUCGAUGGGAAGUGGAUUGACAAAAUGGAUGUGAAAUGGAUCUACGCAAGAGAUCCUAAAUAUAGGCCUCAUAUUUACAAUUAUAAAUCUGUCAGAGGUUUAAUCCACUUCGUGCAAAAUAUGUGGACCCAUUGCGAUGAAUUUCAGGAAAGCCGCGGAUUACACAGUUCGGAAUCCUUCUGCAAUUACUUAGAUGAACUAUUCCCGAAUCUCUUGAGGGUGUUGUACGGAGUGGCGCACCGGUUCUGCAGAGGAGAGCCCUGGUUCGAGCAGCUCCAUCGAAGUGAAACCUUUGCAGGAGUACCUUCGGAAGUGCUGCGCUUAGACCCUUCAGCCGUCCACUUUCCAUGAUUCCUUCUUCAAUCCAGUCGAUUGGGCAUCCCAUCGCAUUUUUGGUUAGUGGUUUGAAAGAUUCGAGAACUGUCCGAAUCACUUGAAACUGGUGGUCUCCUUGGGGUUAGUCUAAUUCCCGAUUGUAGACGUGAAACUGAUUGCCUAUCCACCCGGACCAAACCGAUUUGAACUAUAACGAAGUAGGAAAGAGACAAAAAGCUUCUAUGUCCAUAAAUUGCCAAAAAUAGUUCCUUGGAAGCAGAAGCAUCCAAAAAAAAAAGCCUUUCUGUCCUAUGACUCCAUCAGCAAAUUGAAUUUUCAUAAAUAUAGCUUUAUUCUUCAUAGACUGCCAAAAAAAUGCAUUUACAAUUCUAAACCUUAUAUGAAGACCGGGUUAACAAUUGGAGGAGCAAUGACAGCGUAAGUCCUGACAGAGAGGAGGACAAUCACGUCUCUUCAGGAAAUAAUGAGGGCAGGCUUGACGAUGAUAGUAGGAGCAAUGAUGUGAGGCUCAAUGUCCCUCCUGAUGGUGGCAUUGAAGAGCCAGAGCGUAGGACUGGUGAAACCCCCGGGCCAAGUACAGGAAUCGCUGAUGGGAGCAAUGGCGUUGAGAGCUUCGUUGAAUCUUUUAUAGAGCAAUGGCUGAGGAAGCAAGAUGUCAAUUUGGAUAACCAGGAAACAAUCUUUGAGAACUUUGAUAUUCAAAAUAUCUUGAUGAUUGAUCCAUCAUACAUCGCUCUACUAAACCAAAAAAGAGAACGAUGUGGGCAUUGAUCUUUGGCAUUUGCUAGAGAUGAAUCCCAAAUUGAGGUAAGAGUUGCCAUUUUCAUUCCGCUGUCUGAUAUAUUGUGUAACCAUUGUUAGUGAACUAAUAUUCGUUUUUCUGCAUCACUCAAAUCUCACGAGUAUGAGAGUUAGCCCGAAAGCCAAUGAACUUGGCUUGAAUAUCUGCACUACUAGUGAGACUCUACCUAAUGAACAAAAAAUGUGUAGAUAUUUUGGCAAUCGACAUUAGAAGCUGGAGAAAAAGGUUGACCAUGUGAUAGCCUAGGUGCCUUCGACAAUUGUGAUAUUGCAAUGGAGGACGGAACCUAAGAACAUAUAAAUAUCAAUAACUCCUGGCACAAUUCUUGCUAUGUGUGCACCAAAUAGCGAGGUUUUCACAUGUGACGCUAGCUAUGAACCUUGGAGAAUAUUAUCCUCGUUGUCCAAUCUAGUCUCUCAAUGAGCUAAUGCAAUUUUAAUUUAGUAGAGAUCGCCCCAAUGCCAUAUUUGCGAUGCUUAUGAAUUUGGGAAGUCAGUUCAUCUCAGCAUUGUUCUCUUAAUUAAUUUCUCUGAGCAUUUUGGAGGGUCAAUUAUUAAUUGCUUUUAAUUACCAGUAGCUCAGAGGAAUUGAAGGAGUAUGUUGGAAUUCAACGAAGAAACUAGAAUUUCUUUGUCGCCUCAGCGACAGACUAUUACUGAAAGCUAAGGCGCCCAAUCAACAAGAUGAAUUGAAAGUAUUGCUUUUAAGAACUGGAGAGCAAAAAGCCAUUGGUUUAUGAUGGGGUGGAUCGACAAAAUAGAUCCUAAAUUUAGGCCUCACAGGCAGUACAAUAAUGAAUCUGUAGGAGCGUUAUUCCGAUUUGUGCGAAAUCAGUGGCGCCACCUCCCGGACGAAUUCGAGCGCCGAGCGCUUCUACAAUUACUUCAAUGCACGAUUCCCGAAACUUUUGGUGGUGUCGUACGGAGCGGCGUCCCGAUUCUGCAUAGAAGAGAAAUGGUUCGAGGAGUGCCAUUGAAGUGAAAAUCCCUUCGGCCACUUUCCAUGAUUCCUUCUCUAAUUCAGUCAGCUGUCCCUUACCCUGUGCUUUUUGUUAUGUCUGUUCGACUCUGUUUGAGCGUACAAAUGUACUGUUUAAUAUGUAUAACAUGGCUGCGGUACUGAAUUGUUUUAAAUGUAUAUAUAGCGUGUUCUUCUUGAUGUUGCAUAAAAAAUGUUUCUAUACUUCAAUUCAGUGCAAUUUUU